GAUCAUUCUUCAAAAGAAUCAGGGACAAUUGAAUCUCCUCAUCAGGGAUUCAUCAAGUGGUAUCAGAGCAGAUCUGAAGGCUCUUGAUCUGGGUUUGAUUCUAAAACUUCUCUCUUUGUUUUUGGGAAUCUAUUUUCUAUUCUCUGCAAUUUUCUCAGAAAUCUCUUAUCUUUUUAUCUGUAUAAUCUGCAAGAGGGCCAACCAGAUUUUAAAAAAAAAAUAGAAAAGUUGAAGAGAAAUCCAACUUGGCUGAAGAGAAAUCCAGCCCUGGUGGUAAUGCCUCUUGCAAACAAAAAUCUUGCAAUCUGUCUAUCUCUUUCUUCUGUUUUGGGGUUGGGGUUUGUUCUCUGAAGCUUGAUCUUUGUUUCUUGCUGAGCUACUGGAUUCACAGAGAAAAUACACAGAAAAAUUCAGAGAGAAACACUUGAGAGUUUGUGAGGCUUUGGCUAUCUGUUAUUGUACUACUUUUUCUUGUUGAGAUUGUAACAGGAAACCAUGGCUGGGGAUGUCAGUAAAAGAAAGGAGGCACCAACUAUGAAAUAGAAUAAAUUUCAGAUGGAAGCAAUGAUGUCUGAGAUCAUGAGAAGAAUGAAAAAGUCUGAUCUUUUACAAAAGAAACAUGCUGAUGAUUUCUUUGAUAAUGUUUCUCAGGUUCAGAAGGAAGCUAAGACCAAAAGGAGUAGCCAGGAUGUAUCCAGUGCUACUAGACGUCCUGAGAGAAAACCACAGCCUGACCAAUUCAGUUCCUCCACAAAGAAUUUGCUAGAAAAAAAACAGCACUUGUUAAGUAAAGAAUAAUUGGGUUUUAACAAAUCUGAUUUGCUGCAGUUAAGGUCACGACCAGGGAGGCUGCUGGACACGCCUAUUAGGAGGAGCAGAGGGCAAUCUAAACAGUCUAGAGAAGAAACAAAACCUGUCCAUAGUCGUGAUGAUCAGGAGUUGAUGUGGGAGCUCUUAAGUGGAUGAGUAGUCCCCAAAACAUUAUUGAUAUGUGUAACCAGAUAUUCAAGGAUUUAGAGAAGGACGAAAGACAGAGCACACGGCCUUCCUCAAAGGUUACUGAGGCAAGGAGUUGUUGUAGCAAGCAGGAACAGAUUAUCCAAGAUCUGAAAACAGAGCCAUCUACGGUAAUAAAAGAAACUGAGACAGAAAAUGAGUUUUCUCUUUUCUCUUCUCAGUCUGAACUUGUUGUAAAUAAAACCUGUGAUGAACUAACUUUUUUUGAACCGGUGCAUCCGAGUAGCCUUGUUUCAGUGUCUCAGGUCUCAGAAUAAAACUCAGCAGAAGAAGCACAAAAGAGUUCACAACCAGAAGAAGUGUUGGAGCAGCCCAACAUUGAAGCAGAAACAUAUGCUAAGUCACUCUCUUUGAACUCUCAAGGGCACUAAACAAGCUUUUGUGGUUGUGGGUCGAGUCAGCACUGGCAUAGAAGCAAAACUAAAGGUGCUUUACGGGUCUGGAGCUAGGAAGUUCGCGAGAAGCUGUUGCAGCUCUUGGUUGACCUCUCACGAAGAUGAAUGCAGAUACUUUCAACCUGAACGAUGAUGACUAUUUGAGUGUUGAAGAUAUGAUGGCUGAGAAUGAAGAUGGGCAGAAUGCACAAGCUGAUUCUGUAACGAGUGCUGCUCAGGCUAGAGGGAAAGGAAGUUUGGUUUUUGAUCUGAACAAGUGCAUGUCUUGCACUGAUAAUUCUGGAUAUCUAGUCUCUGUUUUGAGUGUCCAGGAUCAACAUGUUCAGUCUCAAAGGAGUGUAAGACACAAGAGCAGAGACCAUGCUUAUCAGCCAGAGAUUUGGAGAUGGAAGUACUUGAGGAAAAUGACUUCAAAACUCCAAGGAAGUUUUUGUCCAAAACCUUACUUUGAUGAUGUUUCCAUGCUUAUUUUCUUGAUCGUUUAUCUCACUUCUUACUUGUUUCCUUUUGAUGUAGGAGAUACAGAUUUGAAGACAAAUCUUUUCAAAGGAGGAGGGGAUGAUGCAACCAUGGUUGAGCUAGAAGAUAAUUUGAAAUGGAUGCAAUCUCGUGGAUGCAACUCUGUGGAUGCUGAACUGGUGGAUGCAGAAACUCGUGGAUACAAUUCUAUGGAUGGAUGAAUGGAAAGCUUAAAGAUGAACCAGAGGCUGGAAUGGAGCAUAAUGAGCUUAUGUUGGCUAUGAAGAACAAGACAAACAAGCUGGAAAAGUUGUGGAUCAGAAUCAAGGAUGAGUUGGGCCUUUUUCAGCCAAAAGGAGAUCAAAUAUCCCAUAUAAGGAUCCAUUAUCUCUUGUGAUGAACCAGCCACGAAAUUAAAGUCUAUGAAACAAAGGGAGCAAUUGUUUGCUUGGUUUAUUCUGAACCAGAGCUAAACCAGUUCGAAAAUCAAGUCAAGGAUUCAGUCCAACCUAGUUUUCCUAAGUAUUUUCUUAUUCCUGCAAUUUAAGACUUUCCGUUUUCCUUCUCCUUCUCUACUUAAACUCUCUUUUGUUUCAUGACAAAAUAUUCACUCUUUUUAUUAAAACUUUAUCUCAAA